UAAAAAUGUGCAACAUGGUAGAGGAAAAGCAUUAAUUAAACAUGUAUUGAGCUGGGGACAAUGCAUAAACAAUGCUGAAAAUGAAGAAUCAUCCUGCCCUUAAUCUGUCUUGUGGUAGGUAGACAGUUUCAUAAACAGAUGUUAAUCAAGCUCAAAGACAGCUCCUCUCAUCUGCCAGACAAGAGCUCGAUAUGCAAUGCAUACAUUUCGAAUGAUGGACUAUUAUAUUACCAACUAAUAAAGAUGCUGUUUCGCCAGAACGCGUGCGACUUCUAAGGAAAGAAAAUGAGAGAUGAGCUGGAAGUUGAGAUUCAAAUCAAGAUGAUAUAUAAUUGCUUACUCAUAAGGUGACAAUUGAGAAAUAAAAUAUUGUUCAUGUCUUCCUUGACUUGUUUGCUAUAUAUGCAGCAAAAGCCAACCUCUAAAACUCAAACUUUGAAUCAAACUUUCUAAAUUUUCACCUUCUGAUCUUCUUGUUUCCUGAUAAAAGAAAAUGGCAGCCAUAGGAACAAACACUAAGAACUCUCAGCACUCUCGCCAUAACAGCUUGCCCAAUGCACCUCAUCCACUUGUUUCACAAUUAGAGGAGCACCUGCAAAGAUUGAAGACUUCUGAAGCCACCAUAUCAUCAUCUUCAGUAAGCCACAAACUAGAUGGCUUGAAGGAUUUGCAUGACUGUGCCAAUAAGUUGAUUCAAUUGCCAAUAGAACAAAAAGCCUUAGCACAAGAAUGCAGCAACAAACAGAUUGAUGAACUACUUGAAGGAUCUUUGAAGUUGUUGGAUAUCUGCAGCACAGCUAAGGAUUUCCUUGUCCAAUCAAAGGAAAACAUGCUGGAAAUUCAGUCUGUCAUUCGAAGAAAGAGAGGCGACGGAUCCAACUUCACAGCUGCAUGUGCAGAGUACUUGACUUCAAGAAAAACAAUGAAAAAGACGAUGCGAAAGUCCUUGGAAAAUUUGAAAACAAUGAAGAAUGAUGGCAAAGCUUCUUCCUCAAGCAAAGACAACAACACAUCCUCCAUGCUUACCACCUUUAAGGAAGCUGAAGAUGUCACCCUGAGCUCAUUGGAAUGUUUGUUGUUGCUUAUCUCCGGCCCAAGGCGAAGUUCGAAAGGGAGUAAAUGGUCAGUGAUAUCCAAGCUGAUGCAACCUAAAAGAAUAGCCUGUGACUCUCAAGAAUCCGACAUGAAUGAAUUCGAAAAGGUGGAUGCAGAUUUGCAUAGUCUCAUCAGUCACAAGCCUUCAUCCACAGAUAAUUUCCAAAUCAAUAUGGAAAAUUUGGAGAUGUGCAUUCAAAAUCUAGAAAUAGGAAUUGAGCACCUCUCAAGAAAAUUAAUUAGAAACAGAGUUUCCCUUCUCAACAUCUUCAACCACUAAUCAUAGUACCUAUAUGAUCUUUGUACAUCAAUGUAACUAAAUCAUUUUUGUAACCGAGUAUAUAUUUUAUAAGGAACAAACUAUAGUUACUUCUA